CCCAAGGCGCCGGGUCAUAGAGUUCUGUCUGAAAUUCAAGUUGAGCCUGUGCAGCCCAUCGUGUUGCGCAGAGAAGGCCACUUCCACGAGAACAACCUGAGAAAUCGACCAACUCCAAACCCACGGAUAUCCAAAGGCUCUUUGCAUGGGCGGACCUGGUUCACCUCGACCUCAUGAGUCGCCCGUCAAUAUGUCCUAUCAGCCUAUGACCCCUCGGCUGGCCGAUAUCCCCACCGACCGGCACGACUUAGCUCGCAGUGUGACAUAUCGAUCUCCCACACGCCUCUCGGGCAUGGUAACCCGGAAGAAAGAUAUCAUCAUUGAGGUCUCUGACGAUGAGUCUGACAAUGAUCCACCUCCUCAACAGUCGCCUAGCCAGCAGUCUCUCCGUCGACGCCCACUCAGCACAGCUUUGCCAUCCAUCUCAUCCAGUGACGCUGAUGUCUCCGAUACGGAGUUCGAACUGGAUGCCCGUCUUGCCCGUCCUACGCGAACCCUCAAGCGAACAUGGACUCCCAGUAGCUCCUCAGCCGGUUCACCACAAAUUGCUCCCGGGGAUCGUGGCAAGCGCCGUGCAAAUCCGCCCUCCUCUUGCGCUCUGGGUGACAUGUACGGCAAAGAAGCUAGUCCUGGUCUGCAACCACAGCAUCACAGAUUCAGCCGAGAUGGUGCUGUACCCGAACAGGCCUUUACUGGUUCAAGUCUAAACAAUAUUACACAACGUUACACAGAGUCCGGGAAGAAGAAGACGAAGAAGAAGAAGAAGGCGACGCAACAGCCACCUUACUAUGUCGAUGGUCGGCUUGAUGUCAAAAUGUAUCGAGGUCCAGGCUACGAGCGCUUUCCAGUAGUCCUUGGCACUGUUGAGGGACACCAGGAGCUGUGUGACAGGUGGGACGCAGAAAAGCUGCUCAAACUGGAGAGGAAGGCGACCAAGUUACGGCAAGCAAUUCGGACUCCGUAUGUCAUCCAUGAUUCCGAUUCCGAGUCAAGCGACGAUGAAGCAGAAGGUGACGGGAAAACAGCGUUCGAAAAGAAGUGUCUUGCUAGCGUUAUCGAUGUCUUCCCAGACAUUGAACGCGCAUACGUCGAAAAGAAAAUUCAAGAUGCUCCUCCACAACCUCAGUACUUCAACCAAGGUGACCUGCAAAUUGUCGACAUCACCGUCCCACCCAUUGUCGAACAAAUCAUAAUGGAAAUUCUGGAGAUGCAGUCAUAUCCCAAGCAACGUCCUACUAACCGGAUGGCUCCUGCCAAGGGGGCUGCGGAGGAUGGAACCGGCGUUACCAUCACCUGGAACCGAGAUCUCCCAAAGGACCAAAUGUACACGAAAGACGCCAUCAUUCUGCUUGCGAAAAAUUUCGUGAAUGUCCCUUCCCAUUACAUCGCCAAAGUAGUAGAGGAGAAGAAAUCCAUCUUCGACUCGUACGUCACCAUCCUGGGACAAGAAGAUCAGUAUUACUCGCUCCAGCCCAGACCCUACAAGCGUUACAUCAAACCAAGGACCGAACUGGAAAAGAAAUACAUGCUGUCGGCAGGAGACCGCCGCAUCCCAGCAGAGUACGCCAACAGAGUCAACGAACUGCAGGCAGCCAAACAAUUCUUCGUUCGCGAGGGAAUUAAAGAGGCGGCCAAGAAAGCUAAGGAGGAGGCUGAAGCUUUAAAUUUGGCCGAGCACAUCAAGACCGGUGCGAUCAUGGAAUGCCAGUGCUGCUUCGACACAGAGACUCCCCUCAACCGUAUUGUCUCUUGCAUGGCAGAUGUCCCUCAUUUCUUCUGCUUCACUUGUGUGGAAGGCCUGGCUGACAAUCAGGUUGGAAUGCUGAAGUAUGAGAUGCGCUGUAUGGAUGCUGGUGGCUGUACCGCGGAGCUGUCUCAUGAGGAUAUUGGGAGAGCAGUCCCAAUCACCACCUUUGACCGUCUGGAACUUAACAAGCAACAAGCCGAGAUCAUGGCCGCUAACAUUGAAGGACUAGAGCAAUGUUCGUGCUGUGAAUACAGAGCGAUUUGCCUGGAUGUGGUACAGGAACCCAUCUUCUAUUGCCAGAAUCCGGAGUGUGCUCGCGCAACAUGCAGAAGAUGCAGGAAGGACAGCCACGCUCCAAAGUCUUGUGAGGAGAGUAAUCGCGACAAGACUUUGUCCGCGCGACAUCUGGUGGAAGAGGCGCGGUCGGAAGCCAUUAUUCGAACAUGCCCCAAAUGCAAAGCCAAAAUCCUGAAGGACUUUGGAUGCAACAAAAUGAGAUGCACAAGAUGCAGCUGCCUCAUGUGUUAUAUCUGCCACACAGACAUAACGCAUCUGGGUAAUAAUGCCUACUCUCAUUUUGGGGGCAAAUGUGUCUUGUAUGACGAGCAAGGCAUCAACCGGCACGAAAGUGAAGCGAACGAGGCAGAAAAGGGCGCCAUCACCAAAGCCAAAGCCAUGGAUGCCGAGCUCGAUGAACGCCAAUUGCGUAUCGACACUGACAAACCCAAGCAACGCCCCUCAGCCUUGCUGAAUCACCCCGCCGCCGAGGUUUUCCUGCGCGAUUUGAACAAUCGUGCUGCUCGUCUGGACAACCGCCAGGCCCGACUUCGGGAGUUGCAAGUCCGUGUCAAUCGUCUCCAAGCUUUUCGCCGAGAUCCAGAGCUCGAGGACAUCUUGGCAGGUAUCCAUCGCCUGGAAGGUGCACGUGGACAUGAAGGGGGGCCACCGCCGAACUCAGAGGAAUACAUGCAACAGUUGCUUGACCUCCAUAGGCGAGCACAGCUGAAUCUCGCUCAGCAUCAACUUGACUUGCAUGAACAGUUGCAGCAUCAACGUCACUUGGAUGGACAGUUGCAGCAGCCUGCACCGGCAGCUCCUCGCACGGCAGCGCACAACCAAUAUCCAGCGGCUCCCAAUCCAGCAGUCAACCCACCUAUUCUUUUCCCCUUCACUCACUACAGGCCGGCUCCUGCCGCAGCAGCCUUCAGCGACCUUGGCCGGCCAGGUGACAACGCUCCCAACGGUACCAAUCAGGGCCGCCCUUUUGGUAACUUUGACUUCAAUUCUCCUGGGGUACGAGUGGCUAUGCUAGAUCCAAUUCCCUCUAACACACUUACCGGAGUAGGCCGUGGGACUCCUAGACGGCAUCCAGCAACUCAACCACCUGGGCCGCAUGGUCUCUACCUUGAAGUACCUGGAAGCGGUGCUAGCUCUGCCAGACGUGAGCCAAAUCAUAUUUACGGUCCAGCUGGUGCUGCUCUCCCUGCCCAGGGUCUUCAAACCCAAACACUACCCAUUCCCGCUGCUUUAGCCGCUCACAAUACCCCCCUUGGUAUUGCUAGGAGCGGAGCAGGGAGCGAAGCAGGAAGCGGAGCACCAGAUUUUCGUCGUCGUUGACCUUUAGCUUGGAUUUCCAUGACUCCUUGGUGGAGCUCUGUGGGCGACAGCACAGUCUAUGCUUUAGUUGUGGCGGUGUGGAGCUGCAGUGGGUAACGCACACCUUGACAGUGCGAAGAGAGCGCUGCGGACAAUUUCUGACGCUCUCAGAGAGCUUUGCCCAGGGGCUGCUCGGGCAGCAGAACUGAUAUUCUCCAGGCUCGUUGUUCGGCUCUUUAGUCAGCACCGCAUGAUCUGGGACUUUUGGCCACCUUUGCUAUGGUCGGUCUUGUUUUUGCGUUCGUCUUCCUUCCCCCGAACACAGGUUGCUUUGGGGCAUUGCUAUGGGGACUUUGGCCCUACGGCGGUGAUUCAGUCGAACAGAAAUUGGUUCAAAUGAUGACGGCUAUUGCGUGUACGGGCGGUGGGAUUGUUGGCUGCAGGAUUAAUAAUGAACGGCGAUGGCGCAGCAUCGGCUUUGAAUGUAUGUGUAAAUUUCACGGAUGGAUGGG